ACCACACUAGGAGCCCACACCGGGUUAUGACGACUGUGCGGCAUUACGUACACGUAUAUUCGCCUGUGUUUGUGUGUGUUUAUCGUGGCUUACAGCAGCAUCUGUGUGUCGGAAGUGAAGACGGGGCCCGUGCUUCGGGUCGGUUACAACUUGCUAGCAGCCAGGCUAACGUCACACUGUCUCACCUGCCUUCCGUCACACGUCAUCGUGUCAAGUCAACACCGGCAACCCGAGCUCGACGUCGUACGUGUAUUGACCUCGCCGCGCCUUCAUUUGUCGUGUUUUAGCCGACACGGGACAUCAGCUAGCGUAGCGGUUCACUGGCGCUUUGCCCUGCUCCGAUAAUCCUUCUGCUCCGUCACCACCCGCUGUGCACGAAAGACGGACAACUGCGUGCGUUUUGUCGUCAAAAUGAUCGACGCAUUGUCAGUGCUGGCUAUCAACUAUGACGCCGAGCCAUUCAGGUCACUGCAGAGGUUUGGUGACACGCAGCACUGGCUGCCUGGUUCACACAGCUCUCUCGACACUUCCACGAACCAGUAAAGUACAACAUACAUGUGCGAAGAUAGUAUAAACUGAAUUUUUGCAGGCUUUUUUAAAAAUUAUUAUUAGAGGGGAAACGCUUCUUGACUAGAGACACAAGAGGAGAAAGGAGGGGCACUGACUCAAAGGUGAAGCUGACCUGGCUAUUGAUUUGGGAGACGAUUGGUGACCUUUACUACACGUGUCUGCAUUGACAAGUAGAGUGUGAGGAAAUAGGUUGUAGGUCAGUCAGUUUGUGACACUGAGCUUCAGUCUGUUCCUGCAAACCACUGAGUGUUCCUGCACAUUUUAAAUAUUUCUUCUUUUUGUUCUUCCUGCAAUGCAGUUCUUCCCCUGGUGCAGCGAGUCCAAACCUUUUUGAGGUUUAUUAGAAUAAAUGUACUUCUGAGCACUGGUUGCACAAGGCUGUGAGCUGUGAGCAGCUCUACAGCAAUUUUACAACAAAAAGUUAGGAUUAGAAUAAAGUCUGAACAUAUCUUGUUGAUUUUAUUACGUCCCCUUAGUUUUAUCUUGUCACUCCUUGUGGAGUUCUAUAUUACUUAACUUUUAUUUUUUUUAUAUACUCCAUUAGAUCCCAUUGAGAUACAAUAUCUCUCAAGAUGAGCAAGUACAAACGGGGACAGAUCACAAAAACAUAACAAAAAACAACAGACGAAUAAUAGCACUUGUUAAAAGCAACAACAUUGUUCUGUAAAAACUGAUUUUAAAGUACUUUCAAACAUUGCAAGACUAGAAGCCCCAGGGGUUAGGAAACAUUGCUCUAGUUUUUGUAUACAGACAGGUAUUUGUCAGCUUUAAUCUCUCGUCACGUAUUCGGUGUUCGAAUCAGUCAAGACCCAGCAAGUUCCCAGUGUUUUGCCGAGGUUAAGGUCAUGCUUGUUCCCAGUCUGUUGCGGAGCAUGUGACUGUGACGGCUCCGGGGCUCUUGCUGUGUGCUGAAGUCGAGGCAUGUGAGUUCGUUUAGCUUGUUUCACUUUGACGAAACUGCAAUCUGCAGCGCCGACUGUAGCUGCCAGUGCCGGCUCCCCUCAUCGCCGUCUGCAGGAUCCUGUUUGAAUAUUCAUCCUCUAAAGAGCCCAUGUACUGAUUUAUUUUUCUGAAUCUAUUUUACAUAAGACUGCUUUGACUGGCACGUGCAAACACAGACUAGGGUACUGGUUCAUCAAAUUACUUAUUUGUAUUACUCAAUAGGAAAUUGUCAUUUCCAGACUGUCGCCUGUUUUCUGUGUAGCUACAGUAAUUUAGUCAGAUUCCUCAAAAUGGACAUUCUGCUGGCCCUUCAGCAAAACAUUUAAUACAGUUUAAUCUGGUUUUAGUUUUAGAAUAGUUUAGCCUUUGUGCCAAUGAGUAUGAAGCGGGCUGAGGCUUGAAUGAGGGAGCAUGUGGUUAUCCAGCCGAAGUAUGAACAAAACCUUCCUCUUCAUUUUGAAGAAGAGAGGAACGUAAAUGUUGAGUUGAACCCUCUUGCUGAUCUGAGGCACUGAAAUAUUCUCAGGGCCCACAAGAAUGUGAUGCUCAUUUGGCUUUGAUCAAGUGUGAAAACCGUGGGGGGGAGUUUGAGUCUCAAAUACUGUGAUAUUUAUGUCCGCUUUCCGAUUUGAAUGUGUGUUAAAUUAAAGGGAAGUGAAAUGUUUUGUAGCGCACAUUUGGGUUUAUUGAAGGAAGGGGUUCAGGGCUCUCUGACUUUGGUAUGCUUUCAGUUUGCUUGAUGCAGCCUAAAACAUUGCUUUUGCUCCUUUUUAAAAAAAAUCAUGUUUGAGGCAAUAACUUUGAAAAAGAAAGUGGUUGAGACCUCUAAACAAGAUAAUGCAAUGGCUGCAGUUCGGAUUGAGCUUCUCACGCUGCUGUUGUAAAUCCCAGGAACACAUCUUCCACCUCAGAACAGAUGGACGCAGUGUUAUUUGUCUGUUGAUUUAUUUAUGCAUUUCAUUAUGUAUUGAUUUGAUUAUUUCAUGAAAGAAUACGUGUUUUGAAUUAUUGAGGUGUCUCCAGGUGCUGUGCAUUAAAUUAUGCAGAAGCUAAUUUGCCUUGAUUAUUAUGUAGUAAAGUUAGGAUGUCGUUUGACUCUGGGAAGAAGUAAUGAAGGCAGCAGAAGGCUAAGAGAAGACUCGCUUCAGGCAAGAAGACUGCUAACACGUCAAGGCCUUGACUCUUAUACCCGCAUCAUCCUUCAUUCACCUCACAAAGGCUGACGCACACAAGACGUGCCGCCUCAAAAGCACAAGGGACAGUGAGAGAUCUGAGGAGGCCUCUUUAGAAAGUUGAGAAUUACUUUUUAUUUUUGGAAAGAAGGGGCAAAGUGUAGAUGUGGUUGCAGGCCUGUAGGGACAAAUGUUCCUCAAAAUAUCGUUUGACACUUUGUACAAUGCCAAUUUUAGUAAGACAGCGAUAAUAUGACUUCAUAUUCUUUGUGAGGUGAGUCCUGUUCUAUAUGUAGUUGCUCAGGAGAGUUUGAUAAAUCUUUCAUGGCACUCGUUCAAAGUAAAACUAAGACAACAUGCUAUUGUUGGAUACCUUCCUCUGUCUUUCCCUAUAGUUAUGGAUUAGUUACGAUUAUUUAAUGGGAUAAUAUCCUUUUUAUGAGGGGAGGGAGAACAAAACCCUCUGACUUAAAGAGAGCAUUAGUCUUUGAGGAGAACAGAUGUUUCCUAAGAAAACAGACGCAUACAUUAUGCAUAUAAAAUUAUUUCUAUUUUGAUGGCAUGUGUAGCUGAUUUAUCGAGCUGUGUCCCAUUCACAUGGUUAAUUGGUUUAAGAGAUGCCUUUGUUGUGUUAUUUCCACAAUUAAUAAAGCGAAAGGAAACAUAAUGCUAAUGUGGAAGUGUGCUAUUCUGUAGGCCUGUGUAUUAGGCUAACCAUAUCCAUAAACGUGGAAUAAUCCCAAGCCGGAUAAAGAAUGGAGGAAGAAUUGUUUAACCUAGAUACACAGAAAGUUUAACUUUUCUCAUAACUGAGUGUUGGCAGAGUAGCAUUGGAUGUACCUGCUACUAACUAUUACAAUGUUGAUUUUUAAGUGAACUAUCCUCCUUUGUCUGUUGCCCAACUAGAAAAUGUGAGCAAAAAUUAUUAUAAAUACAUUUUAACAUGUACAUCUCCCAAUGUCUUGAUUUAUAGAUUAAUAGUUUUAUUCAACUAAAAUGUCAAAUAAUUCCUGAGCCCAAGGUGGCAUCCCCAUGUUUUUUUGCUUUGGCCACAAUCCAAAGAUACUUACAGGUAAAAUAAUCACACAUUGGAAAAGCUGGAACCAGAGAAUAUUUUUUAAAAGUUAUGCUUGAAAAGUCACUUAAACUUAUUAAGUUUGAGUCACAAUACUCAAAAUAUUCAGAAUUGUUGAGUCAUUUUUGUUCUAUCACAGCACAGUGUUGCCAACUCUUCUCCGGUGAAAGCAGCAAGAAGCAGGAGCUCCAAACAUCCCUCUAUUUAGCAAGAUAAUUGCCAGAUUGUCAACACUACAGCCCGUCAUUUGACCUCCUCCCUCUAAAGGCACUUCCUCAAAAGGAUCAUUAUGAACGUAAACAUAUCGUAAUGAACGCAGACAUCAAACGGGUCCAGUUUUUACAUUCUUGUCCAAAUGAAAUGAUAGUUAGAUAUCAAAUAUUUAUGAAUGAGCUAUUCUAAGAUAUAAGAGUCAUUAUUUUCUUCUGAGUCUUGGCAGAGAAGAAUCAAGAGGCUGUUACAAUCCGGCUGGGUCGCGGCCAUGCAGCACCCUAAUUUCGAGACCCCCCACCCGCUGCAGACAGACGAGCAGCAGGAGACGGGCUUUGACCCGCUCAAUAAUUUCAACAAGAACCGCAGCAGAGGAUCUCUUGACAGCAGCACUUACUCACAGUCUCAGUCAACCUUCCUCUCAUACAGGAAAGAAUGGGACGACUUGUUCCUCAACAGUAAUUACCUGGCCAGGAUUCGGCAGGCAGGCAUCAAUGGUCGACUGAGGAGCAGCCGCUUUCGGAGCGUGUGCUGGAAGUUGUACCUUGAGGCUCUUCCAGAAGACAAGGCUCAGUGGAUCAACAAGACCAAGGAGCACCGGGCCCAGUAUGAGAAAAUCAAAGAGACGCACAUCACUAACCCUCGCAAAGCUGCAACCCAGCAGGAUCUGGUUGUCAACAACCCGCUGUCACAGGAUGAGGGGAGCCUGUGGAACAGGUUUUUCCAAGAUAAAGAUCUGAAGGGGAUGAUCAAGCAGGACGUGUUGAGAACGUUCCCAGAGAUUCGUUACUUCCAGGACGACGACGUGAGGACCAAGCUGACUGACAUUCUCUUCUGUUUUGCCAGAGAAAAUGAGCAGCUGCUGUAUAAACAGGGGAUGCACGAGUUGCUAGCUCCCAUAGUGUUUGUGCUGCACUGUGACCAUCAAGCCUUCCAGCAUGCCAGCGAGACGGCCAGCCCCAGUGAGGAGAUGAAGUGUCUUUUAAACCCGGAGUAUCUUGAGCAUGAUGCCUAUGCCUUGUUCUCUCAGCUGAUGGAGACAGCAGAGCCGUGGUUCUCCAGCUAUGAGAGGGAAGUGAGGAAGGGUAAGGACGAGAUGCUGACCAGCAUCCCGUUCGCUCGGCCCCAGGACUCGGGGCCGUCUGUUGCCAUAGUGACCAAAGUCAACCGCAUCCAGGACCUGCUGGUGAAGAAGAACGACAUUGAACUACACAUGCACCUCAACCGGCUGGAGAUUGCCCCGCAAAUUUAUGGCAUCCGGUGGGUACGUCUGUUGUUCGGCCGCGAGUUCCCGCUCCAGGACCUGCUGGUGAUGUGGGAUGCCCUCUUUGCUGACAGCAUCACUCUGGACCUGGUCGACUACAUCUUUGUGGCUAUGCUGCUCUACAUCCGAGACGCUCUCAUUGCUAGUAACUUCCAGACCUGCCUUGGCCUGCUAAUGCACUACCCUCCGUUAGGAGACAUCAACUCCCUGCUGCAAAAGGCUCUAUUCCUCCGAGAUCCCAAAAACUAUCCGAGACCGGUCAACUACCAGUUCCAGCAGAACCUGGAUUACUAUAAAACAAGGGGAGCUGACCUGAUGAACAAGACACGCUCUGGUCCCAGUACAAAAACAGCCCCGCUCAACAUCAACAAGGUCUCCAGCAGCCUGCUGAGCUUCGGCAGGAAGCUCAUCUCUCCGGCGAUAUCGGGCGGGUCUGGCGGCAUCUCUCCAAUCAACAGCGAGGUACAUUCCUCCUCGUCUUCCUCCUCGUCAACUUCCCCCGCAUCGGCACCAGCGCCCGCCCUGUCUCACCCGCUGGCUGGGCCCUCGCCAGGCCAAGCCCCACUGCAGCCCCAGAGCCACGCCCAGACUCAGCACUACCGCCUGCUCAAGUCCGAGAGCAUGCCUGUCCACCUCAGCAAAGAUGUAGUUUCAGGUGGAGUCUCUCAGGACUCUCUCCCAGCCCAGACUCACACUGACACACAAGGCCAAAGCUCCAGGACUGUUAGCUCCUCCCCCAGCAUAGAAAGCCUCUCUGGUGGGCGGCCUCAGUCCACCGCCUCCCCGCCUCUGCCCCCCUCCAGAGGGAGUGAUGUCGGCACUUCAUCUCCGCCCCUUUCCGCCACCAAGAAGGACUUGUUCUUCAACAUCACUCGCUCUCGCUCCCACAGCAAGACCAUGGGCAAGAAAGAGUCGGAGGAGGACCUGGAAGCUCAGGUAUCAUUCCUGCAGGGCCAGAUCAACGAUUUGGAGGCCAUGAGCAAAUACUGUGCCAAGAUGAUGAACACUCACAUCUGUAAUAUCCAAGAAGUGAUUCUCCAAGAACACCUGGAGAAAGAGGAUGAGGUCCUGGUGUCACUGGCUGGACUUAAACAGGUCAAAGACAUCCUUAAGGGAGCGCUGCGCUUCAACCAAAGCCAGCUGGAGGCCGAGGAGAACGAGGUGAUCUCCAUCGCUGAUGAUCACUACACCACCACAGCCACCGCUGAAACUGCUCCGAGGGCCAACAACCCCUGCGUUGACCACCACCAACAAGGAAACGGCAGACAGAGCCAGGACUCUGAUCUGGACGCGAGGAUAGUGAGCACUGAUGAAGAGGAAGAGCAGGCGUCGGCCCCACCUGAGCAACCGGUGGUAUCCUGCCUUGGCUCCGAGGGUAAGAACUGGGACGACUACAUCCUUGUGUGCCAGGACGGAGACCUGGCUGCUGCCGAUAGGGAAGGACAGGCUGCAACCGAGCGCACCCCUCCGAUCAGGCGAGGCCGCGGCUUGGUGCGAAUGGAGCCUGAGGGUGCGGCCGGGACCUUCCAUGACCCCCUGAUGGCCGGCACCACCUCGGGCUCUUCCAGCCCAGACGAGGGCUCCACCCACAGCAAGGACUCUGACUUCACCAUUGUUAACCCAAACGACCUGUGAACGAGCCAACCACUCCUCCCUCUGCUCUUCUUUAUACCUGUCAUAUCCCAUUCAUAGGAUGUGAUUUAAAAAAAUAAAAAUUAAGAAAAACUGACAUGGGAUUAGAGGGUAGAAUCUGCAGCUUUUGAUGGAGCACUGCCGGAGCUGCUGUCAGCAAAAAAAAAAAAAUGCACAUUUGAACUGUGACACUUCCAGUCGUAAAUACCUUGUACUCUGUCUCUUUAUCUGUCAUCUGUGCCACUUCAGCCUUGUCUAAGCUGAUGCUGUAUGCUAUGUCAUUUACAUGAUGCCCGUUUCCUCAAUAUGUUGGGUCCUGUCACACAUGAUAUUUAAUUGUAGCACCCUACUCCACCAGAGAGGGUGCCAUUGCACUGCUUACCCUGUCACGACAUGAUUACUCUGUUGGACCUCAACUGCAAUUUCUAUCCAGGGGAGGACUCUCUCCUCCCGAGAUUACUGUAAUGAUUAGGAGUGUGAUACUCUGAUUCUUCUGAAUGUGGAGAUCUGGCCAUACCUGUGUCUGUGUCUGUAUAUGUCUAUGUCCUUACAGAGGAAGCUCUCUUCUGAUACUCAAAGAAAAGGAUGACGUCCUCCUUAUCGAGGGCAGUGUCCGUCCCCCUCCUGAACCAGUGCCUCUGACCAUUAUUCGUCUCUCAACCAAACAAAACCUAACUGUGAUCAUAUUCUUUUUGUUCGCUUACUUUUAAGAGAAUACUUUUAACCCUUAGUUUAAAUUCCUUGAUGAAAAUGAUUAAAUCAUACGGUAUUUUUUUUUUUUAAUUUUUAUAAAUGAUUCCAAUGUGGACAUUUUAAUGUGGUAAUCGACAGUUUGCUUUUCUCACAUUAUAACGGACUUGUUCUCGUGUCCUGUGGAAACCAUGUAAAGCGGCGCACGCAAAGAAUGUCCCACAGCUGCCCAUUCAGCGUAAUUAACUCAAGACCAAUAAAACUACUUUGCUCUUA